AUGGCUGUUGCCGAGAUGUCCACCCCCGAGAAGGCCGCCGACGGCGAACUCCCGACGACGAACAAGCACGAGUGCUCGUGGAAGAAGUACGAGACAUACUACUGCGAGGUGGACCCGCAGCAGGGUGACCGCGCAACCGAGAUCAAGCUGCUCUCCCUCAAGCGGCCGCACAUGCGCGGCUUCCACUUCGCGUGGUUCGGCUUCUUCAUGGCCUUCGCGUCGUGGUUCGCGUUCGCGCCGCUGAUGCCGCAGAUCAAGAAGGACCUGGGCCUGACCACGGACGAUGUGUACAACGCGAACAUCGCGUCUGUGGCGUCGACCGUGCUCAUGCGCUUCGCUGUGGGCCCUUUGUGCGACAGGUUCGGCACGCGCACCAUGUUCUCCAUGCUACUGUCGUUCGGAGCUAUCCCGGUCUUCUUCGGUGGUCUCGUGAACAACGCUACUGGCCUGGUCACCAUCCGCUUCUUCAUCGGUGUCCUGGGCGCCUGCUUUGUGCCAUGCCAGGCGUGGUGCUCGCAGCUGUUCGCGAAGGAGAUUGUGGGCACGGCCAACGCCAUGGCUGGUGGCUGGGGCAACCUUGGAGGCGGUGCUGUUCAGCUGCUCAUGGUCGGCGUGUGGAACAUGUUCCGCACUGGCUUUGACGACGAGCAGGCCUGGCGCCUUUCUUUCAUCGUCCCCGCAGUUUUGACAUGCGGUACCGGCAUUGGCAUGUACUUCUUUUCGGACGACUCGCCGAAGGGCAACUUCAAGGAACUAACGCAGAGGGGCACAAUGGAGCGCCGGUCUUCCAAGAAGUCGUUCCAGCAGGGUUUCUUCCAGUACAACGCCUGGAUUCUGUUCAUCCAGUACGCGGCCUGCUUCGGCGUUGAGGUCACCAUGAACAACAUCCUCGCUGUGUACCUGGAGACCAAGUACGAGCUGUCGGUCUCCGAGGCGGGUCUCAUCGCCUCCCUGUUCGGCCUCAUGAACCUCUUCGCUCGCGCUAUGGGCGGCGCUCUAUCUGACAAGCUGUUCCGGUUGUUCGGGGCGGGCACCACCGGCAUGCGCGGGCGCAUCUAUGCGCAAUCUCUUUCUUUGGUCUGGGAGGGCAUCAUGCUCCUGAUCUUCACCCAGAUGGACUCUCUGGGCGCGACUAUCGGCGUCCUGCUGCUCUUCUCGCUCGGUGUUCAGAUGGCGGAGGGCUGCACUUUCGGAAUCGUACCCUACGUGAAGCCCGCCGCAACUGGCUCCGUGUCCGGAGUGGUGGGCGCUGGGGGCAACGUCGGCGCUGUGUGCUGGGGCCUCAUGUUCCGUUUUGGCCCAUCGGAGGCCGACGAUGUCCUGUUCAUCCUUGGGUUUAUCGUGAUCGCAUCGGCCGCCAUGGGUCUCUUCGUGCUCAUCCAGGGCCACGACGGGUGCAUCACCAAAGCCAAGGGCGAGCCGGAGUCCCUUGACGUGAUCUGA